CAUCAUCAAUAUGUGGGCAAAAUUGCUUCAGGCUGUCAGAGGCCUACAACUUCAACAGAAAGACCAGGAAGAAUGACCAGGAGACCCUGAAGAACUGAAGAUGGUUAUGCUGGACAGUCACAUGUGAUCCUAUCUCCUUGUGUUACAUGCUGGAUGCCGGCUCGCAGGUAAAGCUGAAAAUGAGUCUCGAGAACCGAGCAAACCAAGGGACCGGAUUGCGAGAUGCCUUUGACCUUCUUGUUAAGGCACCUUCAGAGCGACUCCUUAGUCUGACAUUCCAGUUGGGCGAGUCUCCUGAAGAUAAACUCAUACAUGCCUUGUGUCUCGUCAUCCUCCAGAGGGAGGCGGAAGCCCUUGACAAACUCCAGAUGUUGACGGACAGCUCCCUCGCUAAGCAUGUGGCUGAGAAGUGUCAGAGGAGUGGAGGCAAAUUAGAAGAUUUCGGAGUUCAUUGUGGUCUUUUUGAAGACUUAAAGGGAGAAUCUUUGGCAGAGCUGGCUCGUGUUUUUAAAAUUUUGACAGAGAAGAGGCUGUGCGAUCCACUGCUGAGAAAUCUCGCAUAUAAGAGAGCUCUUUCUAGUGACUGCGUGAAAAUAAGCAAUGGUAAUGAUGUGGAAUAUAAUAAAUUCACAGAGGAAGCUAAAAAUGUCUGUGGGCCUGACUUUGCGAAGUGGAUGUGCUCCCCCACUGAUCUGAAGCCUUACCCCUAUCUUCACAAAAGUGUGGAUGAAGCUGUUGUUUCUCAGGAUUCAUCAGAAGGCUGUCACUGUCUUCCCAGCCCCCUGUAUGCAAACCCCUCAAUGUCCUCAUACCCUACUCAUCUAGAGAUAAGUAUGCCCUCGACAGCCUUAUUUCAAGGGGAUAAAAUAUCUACAGUAAUGCCAGGACAACCCAAACCAAGCCCUCCCACCCUCCUUGUUCAAGAAAACAAAGCACAAAAUGUGACUGUGCCAUCUCAGUCAUCUGAGCCUAACACCCCUGGAUCUCCUCCCCUUGAAGGAAAACAAGACUCAAAGAUUGAUGAAACUUCAGCAGCAAUGAGCAAUAAGAGUGACACACCAAAUCAAACAGAAACGCCAAGCCCUGAACUUUCCACAACAAACAUUUCUCUACCAACGAUGAGUGUUCCUAAAAAAAUGCAUGAAAGUAAUGGUGCAGAAGAAGAGGAAGAAGAAACAUUUUAUGCAUUGGUCAUCUUGCAUGCGAUGGAGGAUGCAGAUAUGGCCGACAGCAUGAAGGAAAAACUGGAAGCAGUCAUUGGUGGUGAAGUUGAAGUGCGACUUUCUCUGACUUUGGCUGGUCCCCGGAAAGAGCACUAUAAAGUGCGUGGAGGGAUGCCAUCAACAACUCGCCUUACCUUGCUGUUGCUUACCCGCAACUUCAACACUCGCAUGCUGGAUUUAAAGACAAACACUGCUCUUAUCAAUUCUAUAAACAAGGAACAUAAGUACAACACUGUUAUCCCUCUGCUGCCACUUGAGAACUGCAUGCCCAAACAGGAUAUCCCUAUAGUUCUGCAGACGGUGGUUGCACUUGAAGAGAGAAAGAAUUUUGAGAAAAAAAUCCAGAAGUCACUGUCUCCAGCAAAAAUUGAAAAACAGAGACGGAUCUGGACUAAGGAGAAAGCUCAGAAACAGCGUUUAAGUAACAGAGGCAACCAGAGCAUUUUAGUGCAACCGAACCUUGUUCUCGGGCCCCCCGAUCAGGGUGGAGGAGACUGCAGGGCUUUGUGGGCACAACCGCCAAACAUUCAUAUUGAAAAUGCUAACUACAUCAUGAUUGGUAAUGACUCUCGAAUGAAUGUGGAUUUGGGUGGAAAUGCAAACAAUGAGGAUUCAAUUUAAACAAGGAGGAGCAGCCAAUUUAAACUUGAAACAGGAUAAGCCGAAGAGGAUGGAUGGAUGGACAAAAAAAACACUUUUUAUGGUAUAUCUGGGAUCAGUUUCAGUAUUCAUGUUUUCUGAACACUAAAAUGUAAAAGCUGUAACAACCACUAUGAGGAAUUCAUUUCCUGCAGUUUAUGUCAAUGCAAUUAAACCUGUCAGCGACAGAAAUGCCAAUAGAGCCAUUAAGUACGUUAAGACAGUUUAAUGAUUAAGUACGCUGAACAGAGCAGGCACAUCCUACAGUAUAAUUAGCACAGGACUGCCAUCUAUUGACCCAUAUGAGAUGCUUACCUUUUGACCUGCUUGACUGUAUGAACCCUCUGUAGACACUAGGGUGCAGCACUCUUACAUGCUUCUCUCAUAUCCCAGGACUGCAGUCAUUUUACAGAAUCACUGUCCUCAUAUGAAUAAAAAGACAUAUAGUUUUAAUAUAAUUUCCAUAUUCAUCUCAAGUGCUGAUUUGCGUAUGGACCCAUUGAAUCACGGUGUAAAAUUUGAAGUAAGAUUUUCAUGAUCAAGUUGAAAAAAUCAAUGGAAAAAACGGUAACAAGAGGCAACUUGUUGGUUGGAACAAUGAUUCAAAGAAUUUACUGAUUCAGUCAUACUCACGUGAAAGAAACUACGUGGGGCAAUAGCCUUCUUUAGAAACACUUAGAAAUAGAUCUAUUUCUAUCUCUGCUGAUUGCUCUUUUCUUUUAUAUAUUUUCUGUGUGUCUUUGAUAGGGUCUCCUCCUUCUGUGUGACAUUUCCUGAUGCAAUUUGUAAUCUUGUUUCCAAAGGUGUUUUAAAAGUGAUGCCUGAAUUGGAUUGUUUACUGCUGAUGCGUCUUUAUGAAAUAUGUCUGUGCUGUAUUUCUUGUUACUUUUGUCUUCUGUGACUGAUCCUCAGUGUUAUGUCAGCAGUGGGAGAAAUAUCCUACUUGUAGGUAACUCUAUUACCUACACACAUGAAUGAAAACUAUUUGAAGUACUGAAUUAAGAAAACAUUGAACGUUGUUAUGACUUGGACUCGUCAGCGACUCUUCUGUCAUAUAAGACUAUUAGUCCAUAAGCUUUGUACUGUUGACAUACUUCAGAAGGUAAU